AUAUAUUGCUGUCCUGCACCACUGCACGUACGAACAAGUACAGACUCGAUGAUUAUGGAGGAUAGAUAAACCAACGGUUGUCAUUCAACAUAACAUCACAAAUAUUUAAUUGUUAUUUUUUAUAUUAUAUACAAUAAAAAAUUAUAACCUAAUUAAAAAUAUAUUUAAGGGGUAGAUAAUUAAAAAAAAAACUAAUACAUCUUCCUAAUUAAUUAUUAAAAUAUAAAAUAAAGAUGAACCCAACUACUACUAAUAAAAUCGGGCUGGUUCACCAAUUUAUUAGUUGAACCACACGUAUGAACAAAUCAAAUUAAGCAAGUUUUAAGUCAGUCCAAUUUGAAUAGGGUAUUAACUAAGCCAAACCAAGGUUUCUUUGGUUUGAUCAAAAAGUAGAAAAUCAAAAAGAGUGGGCAGAGCAUGAAUGGUCCACUAGAAGAUUCUUCUUUGUAAUUAGUAAUCUUAAAACAAAAAUUCCCUAUCAAGGAAAAAAAAAGAGAAAGAAAAUUUGUCCAAGGAUCCUGCAAUGUUGUUGUGGCGGAGCAUGUGAUUACAGUUGAGGAUGCUCCCUUGAAUCUCGUGAUAUAUAGAUAGAUGGAUUCAGUGGUGGGAAUGAAAAUAAACAGAGGUGGAGAGGAGGACGCCACUUGUUCUACUUUAAAGUUCAGACUUCAUGACCUUACCAUUUUCGGCAUUGCUUUCAAGACGUUAAAAAGUGUUUUUAUGUGCAAUGAGUGAUCUGGUGUAAUCUAGUUUCCUCGUGAACUGAAAUAAGCUUAAGUUCCACACAGUAGAAAAGAGAAGGCUUACAUUACAUACCUUCGCAAAUUAUUGCAUCCAAAACUUCUGCUUGCAUUCUCCCCGGCUUCAAAGUCUACUCUUUCCGUCGACGGUGGUGACCGCCACUAUGACAACAACAGACGAUAAAUCUUCAUUUGAUGAACCUCUGGUCACCUCUGGCCCACUCCUGCUGAAUCCAUCCUAUGCCCGAUCCAAGUCUACUGUCCACGACGAGCUCCGUAGCUUCCGUAUCUGCCUCAAGUGGUGGGCCCUCGACCACUCCUCCCCUGCCUCCAUCACCCUCUCCGUUGCCACUUUCCUCUUACUCGCUCUCAUCAUCCCUACCGCCACCUCCCUUUUCCUCCGCCCCGCCUCUUCUCUCUCUUCAGCCUCCUGUUCUUCCUCUGUUUCCUUCAACCGGCUGGCCCAGGUCUCCGAGUCUGGCCUCGCUGCCAUCUCUUUUCUCACCCUUGCAGUCUUCUUCCGGCGCUACGGCCUUCGCCAGCUCCUCUUCCUCGACAGCACCCUCCAAGACGACUCUGCCUUUGUCCGCCGUGCCUACGCCCGCGAGCUCCACCGCGCCUUCAAGCUCCUUAUCUUUAUCCUCCUCCCCUCCUUCUCCGUCGAGUUCGCCCACAAGAUCCUCUUCUUCUCUUCUUCCUCCUUUGCCUUCUCCAUGACCUUCCCAGUCUUCCUCCGGUACAUGCCGUGGAACUCUAUUUUCUUCCUGGCCAGUCUCAUUUCAUGGGUGUAUCGCACAGGGGUGUUCUUGCUUGUAUGUGUGCUGUUCUGCCUCACAUGCGAGCUCCAGAUACUAAGGUUUGAGAGUUUCUUCAAGAUAUUUGAGGAAACAUCUGGAGACAACCAAACUUGCUCCUCAGCCGGCGCCAUAUUCCAGGAGCACCUAAGGAUAAAGACGCAAGUUUUUAAGACAAGCCACCGGUACAGGAUCUUCAUUGUCGCCUGCCUCGUGACCAUCACUAUCAGCCAGCUGGGCGCUCUUAUGCUUGUCCUCUUGUCCAAAUCCAACAAGAAUUUCUGCAACUCCGGCGAUCUUGUGGUCUGUUCUGUUGUCCAGCUAAGUGGGUUCUUGAUGUGUUUAGUAGGAGCUGCGAGGAUCACUCACAGAGCUCAAAGAGUCGUCUCCAUCGCCAGCCGCUGGCACAUGGCCCUGACCUCCAUUUUAUCCUCAACCCCCGACGAACAAGGUUUUGAGAGUAGACAAGCACUAGUGACAUAUUUGCAGCACAAUGGUGGGGGAAUCACUUUGUUUGGAUUUGCGCUCGACCGUGGAUUGCUCCACACGAUCUUCGCCUUUGAAAUGACUCUAGUGCUAUGGAUCUUAAGCAAAGUAGUUGUUCUUGCUUAA